AUGGCCAAACGAAAGGCUGACGCAGAUAACCUAGGCAGUCUGUCUGCUACAAAUUCUAGCAAGAAGAUUAAGGCCAGCUCCUUAGCCGUGGAAAAAAAGGCCAACUUGCUGGACGAUAGCGAUUCGGGCAGUAGCAGCGACAAGUCCGACGGAGGGGCCCAAAUUGAAUUGGACAUCGACGAGCCUGAAUUUCAGGUCAACCAGGAGUACGCGAAGCGGUUCGAAUACAAUAAGAAGAGAGAAGAGCGACAGAGGCUCGAGGAAAAAUACCAGAAUGUUCCAAAGAAAAAUGGCAAUUAUGGUGACAAGUACGACGAAGACUCAGAAUCUUCUGAUGACGAAGAGGAAGACGACGAUGGCAUUCUUGUGACGGAGGAACUGGACGCCCAGAUUUCGACCGCUCUCAAUGCAAUCCGUAAUAAGGACCCUAGCGUCUACAAGUCCGACGUCUUAUUUUACACCCCCAUAGAGAACGAGGAGGAUCCGAAAGUUGAUGCAUCCAAGGAAAAAAAACAGAAGCCCAUGUAUUUGAGCGAUUACCAUCGGGAAAACCUGCUCAAGGGUCACACGGAGGCCGGCGAAGAGGAGAACGAGAUCCCCCGAACGUUCGUACAAGAACAGGACGAGCUGCAGAGGAAAAUUGUAGAAGAAAUGCAUGCCGCGGUAGAAGGUUCUGACGAUGAAGGGGAUGGAUUUCUCGUUGCGAAGUCGAAACCUCUGCCAGUCAGCCAAGGAAUGCACCCUUCGAGAGCAGCGAAGGUUAAGGUCAACCUUGACAUUGCUUCUGCUGACAAGAACCCGGAGACUUUCCUUUCCAAUUUUAUGGCAGCUCGUGCCUGGGUACCGAGCGACGGAGCACGCUUCCAGCCAUUAGAGUCAGACGACGACGAGGAGGACGAGCGUGCGGAAAAGUUUGAGGAGGCCUACAAUCUGCGAUUUGAAGAUGAGAAGGGAAGCAACGAGAAGCUAAAAUCUUUCGCAAGAGAUAUAAUCGCUGCUAAGUCCGUGCGAAGAGAAGAAGCGACAGGGAGGAAAAGGCAGCGAGACAACCUCCGCGAAAAGCGAGAAGCCGAAAGACAGACCCAGGAUGAAGAGAGGGCCCAAUUGCGACGGCUCAGGAUCGAGGAGGCCGAGGAGAAACUCAAAAAGAUCAAAAAAGCUGCAGGGCUGCGAGGAAAGACUCUGAAGAUCGAGGAAUGGGUAGCUUUUCUGGAUGACGGCUGGGAUGAUGAAAAAUGGGAAUCCGAGAUGAACAAGCGAUUCGGGGAGGACUACUACGCUGAGCUCGAGGCCAAAUCAGACGACGAUGAUAACGACGCAGGCAAGAAAUCCAGCAAGAAGGUCAAGAAACCGAAAUGGGAGGACGAUAUUGACAUACAAGACCUGAUCCCUGAGUUCGACGAACAUGUAUCCCAAAAACCCAAAUUCACGCUCUCCGACGACUCCGAACCUGGGGACGAGACCGAUGACCACAAUGGUGUACCCAAGAAGUCCAAAACAAGCAAGGAACGCCAACAAGAGAAGCAGGCUAAGCGGAAAGCUGCUCGCUUGGAACGCCAAAAACUGGAAGAGCUCGUCGACAGCAAGAUGGAUCUCGACCUACCCAGCAAAUCCAAGCAACCAACCCGUUUCCGCUACCGCGAAACCUCGCCCACCUCUUUUGGGCUGACGGCUCGGGACAUCCUCAUGGCGCCCGACGCGUCGCUGAACGAGUUCGCCGGCUUGAAGAAGAUGGCAACGUUCCGGGAUGCGGAGAAGAAGAGAAAGGACAAGAAGAAGCUUGGAAAGAAGGCGAGGCUGCGCCAGUGGAGGAAGGAAACGUUUGGGAACGAGGAUGGGCCCGAGAUUGUUGUGCUGAAUCCGGAUGCCAGUAUUUCCGCGGACAAGGCAGCAGAGGAUGGUGAGGGGGAAGGAGAAGGAGGCAAUAUUGUGAAGGGCGGGAGGAAGAAGAAGAGGUCGAGGAAGAAUAAGGGAGUUGUGGAAAGUGUAGGCUGA